CUAUCUCUCUAUCUCUCUAUCUCUCUAUCUCUCUAUCUCUCUCUCUGUUGUGCUAUCUCUCUGAACGAUCGCUAUCUUCAAAAUACACUGAUGACCUCGUCGCCGUCAAACAAUCCGGUGGUCGCUGAAGAUAAACCGACGGAAACGUCCACAGUUCUUACAGAGACUACAACGACGGUGGCUUCUUCAUCGAUGGAAGCUGCAGAAGCUCCGGAGAAGAAGGUGAGGAAAGCUUACACGAUCACCAAGUCCAGAGAGAGUUGGACAGAAGGAGAGCACGAUAAGUUUCUGGAAGCUCUUCAAUUGUUUGAUCGUGACUGGAAAAAAAUUGAAGAUUUUGUUGGUUCAAAGACAGUAAUUCAGAUCAGGAGCCAUGCUCAGAAAUACUUUUUAAAGGUCCAGAAAAACGGGACUUUAGCACACGUACCACCCCCUAGGCCUAAGCGCAAAGCUGCUCAUCCUUAUCCUCAAAAGGCAUCCAAGAAUGCUCAAAUGUCGCUUCACGUUUCCAUGGCUUUUCCUACUCAAAUGAAUAAUGUGCCAGGAUAUGCAUCAUGGGAUGAUGACACCUCUGCAUUGCUAAACAUAGCCGUUAGCGGGGUGAUUCUACCAGAAGAUGAAGUUGGUACUCUUUGUGGAGGAGAAGUUGCUAUUGAAUCGAAUGGCACAACAAGUGCGAGUAGUCCUUCAGCAUCUGGUAUAGGAAGCUCAAGCAGGACACAAUCAGAUUGCAAGGAUUUAAGACCGGCGAAUCAAGCUCCCUCAAUGCACGGUCUUCCUGAUUUUGCUGAAGUUUAUAACUUCAUUGGGAGUGUCUUUGAUCCUGACAGCAAAGGCCGCAUGAAAAAGCUCAAGGAAAUGGAUCCUAUAAAUUUCGAAACUGUUCUGCUAUUGAUGAGAAACCUCACAGUGAACUUGUCAAACCCUGACUUCGAACCUGCUUCUGAAUACUUUGAUGCUGCAGAGGAAGGUCCUGAACACUUGAGCUCGUAGCUGUUAGUGCGGGAUCCCUGGUCAAGAACCAAACAAGUGAUAUAUCUUCUCAGGAGGACUACUUGCUCACAACAACUGUCUAUCAGUUAUCAAAUGCUGUUAACGGUUGUUGUCUGAGGAGAACAUAACUGAACAAGAGGGGAAUAUGGCAGUUUCGGUCAGAACCAGUUCGGUGAAUGGUUAUAUAUAUUUUGUCAAUGUGUGUGUAUGUAGUAGAAAAAUGGUUACCAAUUGGGUUUUCUUUUUGAUACCUAUUUGUUCAUGCGUUUUGUAAUUUGUAGUCUCUUUCGCACUUUCUGCGAUUGGAUUUUUUUUGUGGGUCAUCUACUGAAACCAAAGGCAAUGUAACAAGUAGCAGUUACCACUAAACCCACAAGUGAAGUGAGGUACAUAGUUCUGUUGUAUUGUAUUUCAGUAAGUGUAUUCUGUAUCAACCAUCAACUUCCAUA